AUGUCGUCGGUAUCUCCGGUAUCGAGCGUAGCUCCCGGCAGUAGCAUCGCUCCCAGCGUGGGGAGCAUCGAGCCCGCACCGACACGGAAGAAGCGGACGAUCGCUGUAGUUCGCAAGCGUGGGGACCGCCGCCUACCCGGCUCUAGCGAAGAGGAAAAUGGUGGCGUGCCACCAACGUCGCCGAAGAAAAAGACGCUGUUGGUUGCGCGCCGACCUCGAGCGAGCGAGGGACGGCUGUUUGAGCACGAGGCAGCGCCGCAUCGCCAUGCAGCCGCACCCGGUACCAUGCCCGGAGACCGGGUGGUCGGGGGAGGGGCGUAUGGUCACGGCGGCGGUCAGUUUCCUUCGUCGAUGGUGGUAGGGAAGCUGCAGUGGCGCCCGGACGGACGCGUGCUCGACAAGAGCGUGCUCGGCACAGCCGAGGCCUUCGAAGAGAUGGACGCCCAGCUGGGGUGGGUAGAUCGCCCAGGAGGGGCAGAGGAGGACUCCUUGCACCCGCUGCAGGGAACGGAUUCGUCCGUGGGCUCGUCGCCUAGCCUGAGGAGCAAGCAAAGUUUUCGGAGCCUGAGAAGCAAGCCAAGUUGUCGGAGCCUGAAGAACAGAGAUCGUCAGCCCACCGGAGAUCGCGGCGGGAACGGCCGAGGAAGCCGCCCGGGGACAUCUCCGGACGGUCAGUCGGCCCUGCAGGGAGAGAUGGAGAGUUACAUGCGCCGCAUCUCGGAGGCGGAGGACACCGCGAUAAGAAACAGGGCGGCAAGCGCGCGCAAGGAAGCUAAGCUGAUGGAUCAUGUCGGCCUGACGGAGAAGCUGACUAUGCAACGCGAGGGAAACUCGAUGCGGCAGUGGAAGCGCAGGCAGCGCGAUUGGGACCGCGUGAGCCGGCACAUGGCUGCCAAAACGGGGAAGGCGCCGGAAGACUUGGUGAUGUCGACGGCGGACGAGUAUCGCGAGAGAAGCGAGGAGUACCAGCUCAUACACUCCGCCAUCCCGACUUACGAAAAGUUCAGCAGCGACGGGUACUGGAUGAUGUCGCUGAGGGGGUUCGGGGAGCGCAGCUGCAACGUCGGCAACAUCUUCAGCGGGCUCACGUGCAGCAUCAACGACCAGAUGGCACCACCUCGCGCCGUCCGGAAGCCCACGGGCCGCCCCGCGGACGCGACGCGCAAGCGAACCUGGCGCAAUAGCGAGGCCCUCGCCGCCCGGAAGAGGGAGCUCGCGCCUGUCCUCAGGAGCCUGCGUCCACAGCAGUUCCAGCCCGAUGAGACCGGCGGGUUGGUCGUGCAAGGGGAGGAUCUGUUGGAAUGGGCCGCACAGUCCAGCCGGCAGUACUUCCAGCUGCGCCACCUACAGGAGUCAGAGGCCGUGAUUACUGGGCUGAACUCGCUUGAGGCGGAAUGCCACAGCACCGAGGCGGUGGAACACCUGCUGCUGCCGCUGGGAGGGACGAACGGCGACCGCGCCGACGCGGGUUCGGUCUCGAGGUCUUCCCCUCGACCGGGGCCGGCGAUGGAGGUGAUCUCCCCGUCUACGCUACUGAUCGAGUCCAGCGCGGGGGCGACAGCCCUGAAGCAGGCCACGGUUACCGUUCGAAACACGGGCUCCACCGCGCUCUUCUUCUCUUGGUCGAGGGUUCCCAGGGGAGAGACCAUCGUUAGCACCAACGGAUCCCCCGUUGGUGGCGGUGGAGAGGGUGUUCCAAGAGGAUCGGACGCCGAGGCGGCGGGAGGAGGAGUGGAGACUGAGCAGAAUCGGGGGGUGACUUCGACCGCUAACGAUAAGGCCGCUGCCGCCGCAGCAGCCAGGCAUGCCGCGCUGCAGAACCCGGACGGUCGAUUCUUCUGCUCCCAGGCAACCGGAACAUUACUGCCGGGCGAGACGGCGACGACCUCUUUUUCGUUCAAAAGCGCCGACCCAGGCAUAUUCAGCGACUGUUGGCGCCUUGAGACUGCCCCGCCGGCUGCCUUUGUCUUGUCCGCACCGCCCCUACCGUUGCCGCCGCCGUUAACUACGGCGGCCGAUUCCAAGAACGUCCUUCCGAACGACGAUCGAAAUCUUGUUAGCCAAGCUCAACGGGCCGUCGAAAGCUCCGUCGUGGUUAACUCGGCAAAAACGAGUGACGGCGGCGAUGCUGUUGCCGUUCGAGGUCGGAGUAACCAAGACGAAGGGAGGUACGGCGGUGGCGGUGGCGGUGACACGGCGACGGCUUCCAGGGUAACCGGAGGCUCGGUGGCGUCAACCGGCGGGGGGAUUGAGGUGGGCUUGAGGGGGGUGGCCCUUGCGCCUGAUACGCGGGGGCACGUGAGGAAGAAGCUGUCCCAGGGGGUGAUGAGGGGCAUUCUCGCGGCAAAGGUGGAGGAAAUCGUGAGGGAGGUGGUCCGCGGUGUUCGCACUCCUGUCCGCGAAGAAGAGAUACGCCGGCGACAACGGGAGGAGUUCCUCUCGAUCAACGCGGAGCAAGGCCUGUACUUCACUCCCCGAGUUUACGACGGUUUCAUGCUGCUCCUGCAACGAGCCAAGGCAAUCGCACUCGCGGCAGAGAGGGGGGACUACAACCCGGACAUCAACAGUGGCGACGAUACGCCUGGAACGCCUCACGGGGAGGUGGUUCCCGAGGAAGGCGAUGACGGUGCAAUACAAGGCCUCGACGACGCUAUUCUAGCAGGCGCAACGACAACACCAACCGCCGAGGGCAGCAACGAUCACGGUCCCGAGAAGAAGGGGGGGCAGGAUGGCAACAGCGGCGGCGGAGGAAACGAAGACGGGGAGCGUUCGGAAUGCUCGACACGCCCGGCAAGCGCUCUGUCAUCGAGCGAAGGCGGCGACGACGAUGGCAGCGGUAGCAACGACGGGCAAGACAACGAGGACGACGACGAAGGGGGAAAGGGUGAAGCGAAGGACCCGAGCCACGGGAGCAACGCCGGCGACGUCACGGUCGAGCCGACGGGGGUAGAAGGCCAAGGAAAAUCGGCAAUGGCGGGAGCAGAGGAAGGAGAGCGGGGAGUAGAGCAAGAGGUGGGAAGGGACGAAGAUGGCACGACGAAAGCAUUCGCUGAGAAGGACGGCGGUAGUGGUGGUGGUAGUGGCGGUGGAGAAGACCAAGCGAGUGCGGAAAGCCUUCUUCGCGGUAUGCUCGAGAGGCUGGACUGCGGAGAGUGGGACGGUGACGUGAAUACCGUCCUAGACGCCAUCGACGGCCUGACCAGAUGGAUUCCGGUUCCGCCGCCGCCGCCGCCGCCGCCGCCGUCCGCUGGAAUGGACGAAAAUGAUGGAGUGCCUGCCACUCCCGGAGCAGAAGACUUGGCGGACCCGGAUGCAGAUGGCACUCGGCGAGGCGAUAGAGAUGACGAAAGAAUGAGUGCGGCUUCUGAGGACGGAGAUGAUGCAGAUGAUGACGACGACGAAGAAGAGGAAGAAGAGGAGGAAGAAGAGGAAGAUGAAGAAGAAGAGGACGAGGAGGGAGACGAGGACGAUGUCGGCGACGAUGAGGAGGAGGGGCCGCAGCACCCCGUGUUCGCGGAGCAAAGGGCCCUGACAGCGCAGUGGCGCCGCCUCGUGCUGGAUGCACAGCUCGAGCCAGAGACGGACGAGUGCCUCGAGCUCAUGCGCGAGACGGUCGGGAACAUGGUCGCGGGUAUCCCCGGCGCGAUGGAACGGGCUCGCCGAGACUCCGCGCUGGUGGCGGGGGGGAAAUCAGCGGCAGGUGGAAAAUCAGCAGCAGUAGCAGCAACAGCAGCAGAUUUGAAAACGCCGCGAGGAGGCGUUCUGGGAUUCGACGAGGACUCGAUCGCGAACUGGGCCGCGGCGUGCCCGGGCGACGUAUCCACACGUGAAACCGACGCCAGAGAGGGCGGACCGCAGGCGCGCGCGGCAGCAGCGGCGAAGGCCGGCAACCCCAAGGCCAGUUUCCUGGCCCUAGCGUACGGCGAGGUGUCUUCCCGAGUCGCCGCCGCCGCCGAGAGCUUCGAGACCAGUUUGUCCGAAGGCGAAGGUGCGCGCAGGGAGGUCGUGGCUGCUGCCCGCCGAGCCGCUGUGCUAGAGGGGCCCGACGGUCUUCUGAGCGGGAGAGAUGCGGCCGCCCGCAGCGGCGAUGGUACCGGCGGCAGCCGCGGCGGUGCCAGCAGGGGAGACAGCCGUGGUCCGAGAUCACCAUCACCAUCACCACCACCGCCACCGCUCUCUCGGCUGGGCGCUCUCAAGUGGGAAGAUGUAGAGGGUAGACGUAUUCUCUUGCACGUUGAUCUCUCGAAGGGGGUGACGCCGGAAGAUGGCACUUACGGGGGUAGCCUCGGCGGGGGGGGUGGCGAUGGUAUAGGUCACGAUGGUACGGACGGCGGCACUGGUCAACAGGAGUUUCCGAAACAGGUGCGGUUGGUGGCAGAACAGGUGCGGGAAGUGCUGUCGGCAAAGCCCGCUGCUGUGGCAAUUGUGUCCGAGAUGGCUCCGCCUGCUCUCGCCACUGCCGUCGCCCCCGCGACCGCCACCCUCAACAUCAAUAACUCAGAGGAUGUCGACAAGCAGAAAAAUUCUUCCCAGAGCCAACCAUUGGCGGGACCAGAAACGCAACAACAAGAACAACAACCGUCAGCACAGCACCCUCCCGCCGGUGAUCCAACAGCCGCUCAAACGUUGUCGUCGAGUCCCGAGUCUGGCUCCCUCCGUGCCUCCGCCGCCGCGGUGUCGAGUCUUCUCGGCAUGGAAGUCGACUUCUAUGACACCGUGCCGGAGCUAGCAGCGGCGCUGGAGCGGUGUGCAGCAGCAGGAGGAAGAGGAGGAGGAGGUUUACCAGGCGCCGGUGGCGGGGAUGAUGUCGGGGCCGGGUCGGACGGCUUGCCGCCGUUCGGGAUGGUGCCGCUGAUGAUGGCCGAGAGGCUGAGCUUACCGGGAGUUGUACCGGCCCCGCCGGUGGAUGAACCCGAGCUCAGCGACGGCGAGGAGGAGCGGCUCCCGGACUUCUCGUGGGAAGGCGAAGAGGCUGAAGCGGCCGCCGAACACGCCAAGGAGAUCGAAGCAGCGCGUCUGAAGGUACAGGGUCCCGGGGAAGGAGACCUCGGUGAGCUCCUAGCCGGCGUGGUGGAUGUGGCGGUGAUGGACGCGCCGAGAGCGUUGUACGAGCCGCGCCGGAAGCUGCCUUGGGGUCCGGUGCCUACGACCGGUCUCACCGUUGCUGGGUCAGGUGUUCACGGAGAUAUAACCGCCAUGGCGUACCUUACCGAGGCCUCGGACAGGCCUCUUCUGGCAGUAGUCGGCGGAGGUAGCCUCGAACCGCGGCUGAAGCUCAUCGACGGCCUCCUGGACCUGGUCGACACUCUCGCAAUAGGAGGCGGGUUAGCCGCCACCUUCGUCGCGGCUUCGUCGACUGAGGCAGCAACGGCAAGUGGGUGGAAGGAGGAGGGUGCGGUAGAUGCCAGCGGCAGCAGCGGCAACAAUACCCAAAGCACCGCGGAAGCGCAAGAAGCAGAGGCAGCAGCGGAUGCAAGAAAACGGCCAAAGGCCAGGAAGAAUAGAUGGACUGGCAAGGGCACGGCGGGGAAGCCUCGCGAUCCCCUCGAUGUGGUAGAGGCGGCGAGGAGACUCUUGGUCAAGGCCCGAAAACGAGGGGUAGAGGUUAUUCUUCCGUCGGAUUUCGUGGUUGGUGACAUCGAGGUAGAUGAAAACGGGCCCCUGCCGGGACAAUUCCUUUCUGGAGACGCAGGCCCGGACAACGACGACGAAGACAACGACAACAACGACAACGGCAACGAUAGUACCGCUGGCAGCGUUGCACCAGGCGGCGAAGGUGCGGGUGCCGACGGGGUUACGGACGUGGCGGCCCUGGACGUGGAGCCGGAAGACGCGGCCAUGGGAUUCGAGUACGAGGGCGAGACCAUGGAUGUUUCACUCGAAGACGGCAUUCCCAAGGGUUUCCACCCCAUGGAUGUCGGGCCCCAGACAACCGCUGCUUUCCGGGACGCCGUCGGCCGCGCGCGAGCGGUGCUCUGGCAUGGCAUGCUCGGUGUGGCGGAGUGCUCGGCCUUCCAGUUCGGGACGAGGGACGUGUUGGAGGCCGCAAUAUCUGCCCACGACAACGACGAGAUGCGGGAGGCGGGGACGUCACCGGUCGUGAUCUUGUGCGGGAGGUCUCUCGGAGAAUGGGCCGGCCGCUUCGCUGAGGGGGACGAGGGCGACGGCGACGAUGUUCCUCCCCUGGGGUCGGGGUCGGGCGUGUCUCACAUAUGCACAGAUCCCGUGUUGUGUUCGAGGGUGCUGGAGGGAAGGAUAGUUCCAGGGCUGUCGCAGCUGAGCGAAAGGGACCCGCCCCCGGGAGACGCAAACCUCGGCAACGUGUUGAGGAGAGGACCGUUCGGGGAAGAAGAUGAGGACGACGACGACGAGGAUGGGAGUACCGAUGCGGGCUCCUCCAGUUCUUGA